AAACUCUUAGUUUGGUCUCCCCGCAGAGCCGUGUGGAUUUACUACAGAAAGCAGCUUUUAUUUGGGUCUGCUGAGCACAGCAGAUAAAGAAUACACACACACCAGGAAUCUAAACGCUCGCUCACCAUCUCUACUGUGUGGGUUUGAAUUUAAGGACCCUCUGCGUUUUUACUGAUUUUAUUUUCAUUUUUAACUCUUUGAAGAAGACACAAAGGAGGAUGGGUGCGCAGUUGUCUAAAGGUGAAGCUACAGUGGACGAAAAAGCUGUGGCUGAUAAAGCCAAUGGUCAGGAAAAUGGCCAUGUGAAAACCAAUGGUGACGCAUCUACCAAGCCAGAUGGAGAAGCUGUGGCAGCAGAUGGAAAUGGAACCACGGAGGUUGCCAAGGAGGAGGCUGCCAAGACGGAGGCGGGAGAUGGCAUCGAAGCUGCCCCUGCUACCGAAGGCGACACCACCAAAUCUGACGGCGAAGCUGCAAAGGAAACCAAGAAGAAGAAGAAAUUCUCACUGAAGAGCUCCUUCAAAUUCAAGGGCAUUUCCCUGAAGAAGAACAAGAAGGGAAGCGAGGAGGCAGCGGAGCCCACAGCUGAGCCAGCAGCUGAGCCAGCAGCUGAGCCCACAGCCACACCCACCACCGAAGACAAACCCGAGGAGAACGGCCAGGCUGCUACAGAGACCAAAGAGGAGGAGCCUGCUGCGGCAGAAACCAAUGAGACACCGGCACCUGAAGCGGAGGCGGAGCCCAAAGCAGAGGAGGAGCCCAAAGCAGAGGUGGAGGAGCCUAAAGCAGAAGAGCCCGCCCAGGAAACAGAAGCCACGCCCACAGAGGAGACCACAAAAUCUGACGAGACCCCGGCCCCUGCUGAAGAGACCACGCCCACCACAGCCUCAGACCCGGACCCGGAGCCAGCUGCAGAGUGACCUCACUUCACUGUGGCAACCUAGACUGUUUAUCUUUAUCCUUCUUUUCUUUUUGAGAUUGAAAUAUAUAAAUAUAUAUAUAAAUAUAUAUAAAUAUAUGAGACUUGAGCCACAAUCUUACAGCAAUACUACAGAGAAACCGAGCUCUUUCACCAUCUUUUCUGCUAACGGUUUGUCCUGUCCGGUGUCUGUGAGGCUCCGUGCUGCCGCACGUCUAGAGCGUUUUUUUGGGGAGAAUCGGGCCAGGAAUUGCUCUGUGUAUGGAUUGGAAAGACUGAUGGAAUUUCCGCCUCAGUGGAAGAGCUGCGGAUGGAAGAGUGUGGCUCCCUGUUCACAGUCUUUUCAGUCAUUUUUCUCUUUAAACAUCAUCUGAUCCUUGAUUUUUCAGGGCUGAUGAGUGAAAUGACAAAUUGUUCUCUAAGGAGAUGGUUACAGGACAAUGUAAAACUACAAAAAAAUUUAAAUAAAUAAAAAUCUUUUUUAAGUGUUUGAAUAGCUCUACAUUCCAAUUUUUAGUCCUGAAAACUGUAGGGUGUCAGAAGAACUGGCGAGUGAAUAGGUUUUAGUCUAAGUCUGUUUUUAAUGAUGUUUUAAUCAGAUCCAGAUACACAUUUCAAAGUUUACGACAAAGGGGAAUUAAACCACUGCUUUUAUCAAAUAUAUAUUUUUUGUUCUGUUAAGUCUCUGUACAUACAUUUUCUGACUCUUUAUUUUGCUAACAUUCCCAGGUGUUAAUAAGAUGUUGUACAAUUAGGCCAAAUAAAUGUCUGACCCCC